GCUCCUGGAGAUGCAGAUCCUGCUCUACUCACAAGAUUACCAGAGGCUGAUGACUGUGGCGGAGGGCAUCACCACGCUGCUCUUCCCGUUCCAGUGGCAGCACGUGUACGUGCCCAUCCUGCCCGCCUCCCUGCACCACUUCCUGGACGCGCCCGUGCCCUACCUCAUGGGCCUGCAGUCCAAAGAGGGCACGGACCGCUCCAAACUGGAGCUGCCCCAAGAGGCCAACCUGUGCUUCGUCGACAUCGACAACCACUGCAUCGAGCUGCCGGAGGACUUCCCGCAGUUCCCCAACAAGACGGAGUUCAUCCAGGAGAUCUCCGAGGUGCUGGGGCGUUUCGGCGUGUCGGCGGAGGGCCCCGGGGCCCCCGGCCCCGCCGCGGCCCCGGCCCCGCGGCUGAAGGGCGUGGCCCUGCGCGAGCUGGUGGACGACGGGCGGAACGGGAACCUGGGCGGCGAGGCGCUGGCGGUGCUGGAGCGGCUGCAGGCGCUGGCCGAGCGGACGGGCGUGGCCGUGGGCGGCGCGGGGCCCCCGGGGGCCCCCGGCGCGGGGGGACGGUCCCCCGAGGAGGAGGAGGAGCUGUGGAACGCGCAGCUCAACGUGCAGCUCAGGGAGGUGUUCGCCAGCCGCUUCACCGCCAUGUUCGCCGACUACGAGGCCUUCGUCAUCCAGAGCGCCCCCGACCUGGAGGCCUGGCUCACCAACCGAGAGCAGAUGCACAACUUCGACAAGGCCUCCUUCCUGUCGGACCAGCCCGAGCCCUACCUGCCCUUCCUGUCGCACUUCAUCGAGACGCAGAUGUUCGCCACGUUCGUGGACAACAAGAUCAUGUCGCAGUGGGAGGAGAAGGAGCCGCUGCUCCGCGUGUUUGACGGGCGGGUGGAGAAGGCCCGCCUCUACGCCGUGCGCGCGCCCAGCCUGCGCUCCUCCAACUACCAGCGCUGCUCCCACCUCAAGGAGUCAGCCCAGGCCAUCGAGCAGAGGCUGCUGAAGAUCGACCACACGGCCAUCCACCCCCACCUGCUGGACAUGAGGAUCGGCCAGGGCAAGUACGAGCAGGGCUUCUUCCCCAAGCUGCAGGCCGACGUGCUGGCCACCGGGCCCACCAAUAACAACAGGUGGUCGAACAGGACGGCCUCGUCCCAGCGCAGGAAGGACCGUCACCGACAGCACUCUGAACACCUGGGCCUCGACAACGACCUGAAAGAGAAGUACAUGCAGGAGGCCAGGACCCUGGGCAAGAACCUCCGGCAGCCCAAGCUGUCGGACCUCUCCCCCGCCGUCAUCGCGCAGACCAACUGGAAAUUCGUGGAGGGGCUGCUGAAGGAGUGUCGCAUGAAGACCAAGCGCAUGCUGGUGGAGAAGAUGGGGCGCGAGGCGGUGGAGCUGGGUCACGGCGAGGCCAACAUCACGGGCCUGGAGGAGAACACGCUCAUCGCCAGCCUCUGCGACCUGCUGGAGCGCAUCUGGAGCCACGGGCUGCAGGUCAAACAGGGGAAAUCCGCCCUGUGGUCCCACCUGCUGCACUACCAGGUGAGAGAGGAGAGGCUGGAACAGCAGGCAGAGCCCCCAGUAUCCAACGGGAUGGAGCGACGGAAGUCUGACUCAGGGCUGGCCUUGCCCCAGCUGAGGGUGUCCGUCAUACAGGACAUGAGGCACAUCCAGCACAUGAGUGAGAUAAAGACGGAUGUGGGGCGAGCGCGGGCCUGGAUCCGCCUGUCUCUGGAGAAGAAGCUGCUCUCACAGCACCUCAAACAGCUGCUCAGCCGACAGGGCUUAACCAAAAAGCUGUAUAAGCGCUAUGCCUUCCUGCGCUGCGAGGAGGAGAAGGAGCAGUUCCUGUACCACCUGCUCUCCCUCAACGCCGUGGACUACUUCUGCUUCACCAGCGUCUUCACCACCAUCGUGAUCCCGUACCGCGCGGUCAUCAUUCCCAUCAAGAAGCUGAGCAACGCCAUGACCACCUCCAACCCCUGGAUGUGCGUGUCGGGGGAGCUGGGUGACUCGGGCGUCCGGCAGAUCCCCAAGAACGUGCUGGAGAUGACCUUCGACUCCGCGUUCAGAGCUCAUCACACCCACAUCUCCACUGUGUUCAAGUGUCAGAAUCUGGGAAAGCUCACCACUGUGCAGCUGGGUCACGACAACUCUGGACUCCUGGCCAAGUGGCUGGUGGACUGCGUGAUGGUGAGGAACGAGAUCUCAGGACACGCCUACAAGUUCCCCUGCGGCCGCUGGCUGGGGAAGGGCGUGGACGACGGCAGUCUGGAGCGGGUGCUGAUUGGGGAGCUGGUGGUCACGAGCGGGGAGGAGGAGGGGGGGAAGACCCCGCCCCUGCUGCGCUCGCCCUCCCAGACCCGACGCGUCAGCAUCACCUCCCUGAGCCGGGGCAGCAAGCCCAACAGCGUUCAGAUCCAGGAGGCCAUUGGGGAGGCUGUGAACAACAUCGUGAAGCACUUCCACAAGCCGGAGAAGGAGAGAGGGAGUCUGACCAUCCUCCUGUGUGGGGAGAGCGGGCUGGUGGCCGCCCUGGAGCAGUUCUUCCACCACGGCUUCAAGUCUGCGCGCCUCUUCCAGAAGAACGUCUUCGUGUGGGACUUUGUGGAGAAGGCCGUGGCGUACCUGGACUCGGCCGAUCAGAUGGGCGACCUGCAGGGGGCGCCGGAGCCCCUGGGCCAGACCUGCGACAGCUUCUGCCACUACGUCGGCGCCAUCAAUGGCACCGCCCGCAGCAUCGGCAAGGACGGCAAGUUCCAGCUGCUGGUGUGUCUGGGAGCCAGAGACCGGCUGCUGCCUCAGUGGCUCCCCCUGCUGGUGGAGUGCCCCAUGAUCGCGCGGAUGUACGAGGAGAGCGCCCUGCUGCGCGACCGCACCACCGUCAACUCCCUCAUCAGCGUGCUGCAGGCGCUGCACGACUUCGCCAUCACCCUGGAGACCUCGCUCGUCAAGGGCAUCGACCUAUAGCCCCCCCGAGGAUGCUGGGAGAUCGCACAGACUUUAGGAACCCCCUGCCACCCCCCACCCCCCCCAUUCGCCCAUUCCUCCAUUCCCACUGCGGAAGACUGACUCUGUCUGGGAGACUGACACUGGAGGUCUCAGGACCACAGAAGAAGGGCAUGGCAGGAUGGUGGCCCACACAGCCCAACUUAAACUUAAAGGACCCGGUGUAUGGACAAGAUCUGACGGCUCUGUCCGUGGGUGGAAGCAGUAUUACCUAAAUCCCUUAUUUACUUAUUCGAGAGCUCUUUUUGAUAUUUAGUGACAAAAACUUCAAAAAGUCUGCUUUUUUUUUUGGGCCCUCAUUUUUGCUUGAUUCAUGUACAUACCACUGUUUCACUGAUCCCACCCGAAACAUAAUCUUUUCCUUAAAAAGUUAAAGUGAGACGCAGCACCAUCGUCUCCAGCUAGCACAAACCGGCAUGCCUCGACGUAUCAAACUAAGGAGGCUGCAAUCCUUGGUUAGCCCUCUCCCCCCCUCCCCGCCAUUGGAUGAUGAUGUCAUUAGGUCACAGCCCAUUGGUUCCCGCACCUGUCCGUCACUUGGCAGACCCUGACUUCUGGAUGCACGUACAUUCCAUCACCGGGGCAACAGAGAAGCGAUGCUGCGGUGUGAUGUCACAAACCCCACCGCCCUCCCCUCUUCUCCCUGCCGCCGUGGGCAUGCCUGUACCUGUUAUGACUGUUUCCGUUGCCCUUGACAACUUCAAAUGCUUCUGUUGUUCCACCAUCGUAUUCGCUGAUUUCGGCCUACUUAAAACCUGGACUGAAAUUGCCCGCUCUUUCCUGUCACGAUCUGCGCUGACGAUAGGCUUAGUUGUACAGACAGUACGUUUGUGUCCGAGUUACCCAAUGGUCUCAGAUAGGAUAGACUGUGUAUUUUUGCCAAUAAUUUCAAGAAUAAUCCUAUGGUUUUGAAACUGCUUACAUCCCUUUUGCUGGAUGAAAAUAAGGAAAUACACUGGAAACUUUCAUAGUAAUUACGACUUCAUUAGAUAAGCUUGUAAACUCUUUCUUUGUCCUAUGAUGUGAGACGUUCUCGAGGUCAUCGAAAACCUUAAAUGUAAUCUAGUUGCACGUGUCAAAUUUAUUUCUAUUUUUAUUUAAAGGAAAGACGUUUAAAUCAUUAUUUAAAUAAUGAUAUAUUUGUUCUGGUUCUUUUUCUUGCAAGGUUUUGUGUUUCUGUGCAGUGCUACUGAUGCAAUUAACCACUUACAGUUAAAACGGAACAAAAUGCUACGAUUUUCAGCAAAGUCUUGUGGAUGAGGUUCAAUCUUUGUGUUGGUUUCUUUGCUCUUGUUGCGACAGUCGAUACAAACACCGUCGACACAUUCUGGUGUUGUGGUCUUUGCGCAAUUUUUGUUGUGCCUCAAAAAAUAAGUCUGUACUCAGAUUUUUGGAAAACGGAUUUCCUGAUUCUUCGAAAAACACUGUCAGAAUCUGAAAUGGUUGGCGAGGGUUUUCGGUGCGAUUACUCGUUACCUUUUCAAUGCAGAAACCAAGGUGUCAUCGUUCAGUUUACGGUUGUUAAAUUUACUCUGGUUUAAAACUCAGCAUGUUCAAAUGUGCCACAGACCACAUGUAGUACUUUACAAAUAUUUUAUUUUACUUCAUUUUAGUUCAUUUUUUUUUGGGGGGGGGGGUUUUAUGUACAUUUUUAAUGCACAGGACUGGGAUUAACCACUUAUGUAGCGUUGCUUUAUCUUUUGAAUGUAAGCGAUGAGGUGUGGAUUUAAUUCUGUUAUUUAAAAGAAGCGUGCAAAGGAAGGAUAUAUUUUGUCCCUUUUCGUUUGAACAUAUGGCCUGAUACACUGAAUUUGUUCCCGAUAAAGGGUUCUCAUAACCCCCAGUCUCUGUGCUGCUUAUUGUCUGUCUAAUCAGCUGCUUAUUGGUUUUGUUUGCUUCCCUCCCGCGUUCUAACAUAUUUUCAUGAAACGUAGAGAAAUGCGAUCUACGAGGGCAUAAGGACAGACUUUAAAAACUCAAAGUGUCGAAUGGCUGUGAAUGUUUUCUUCCUUUUAUGAUUUAAAUGUGAAUAAUUAUCUGCAUCGAAAGGCCGGCUCCAGGCGUCUCUUUAUUUUUAAGUGAAUAGUUUCUCACGUCUGCAAGAGUGAGCAGUCCUUAUGUAUUAUGCUUUGUUGUGCUAUUUAUGAAACAUCUCAUUAAAGAUGCUCUGUACAUCCAUUGAAA